AUGAUAUUAUCAAACUGAAUAGAAAGGAAGGAAAGAAGCAAAAUUUUCCAAGACUAAAUAGAAGACUUCAGCAAAGUGGUACCCGGCAAUUCAGGAUGAGAGUACGGUGGGGAAUCCAGCAGAAUUCUGGUUUUGGUAAAACUAGUGUGAGCCGUAGAGGAAGAGUAUUGCCUGGAAAGAGACGUCCUUAUGGAGUUAUCACUGGCCUUGCUGCUAGGAAAGCAACUGGAAUUCGAAAAGGAAUUAGUCCUAUGAAUCGUCCACCUCUAAGUGACAAGAAUAUAGAACGAUAUUUUCCAGCGUUAAAAAGGAAGACAAGCCUUCUGAGACAAAAUGAAGUACAAAGGAAACCAGUUGCAGUUCUCAAGAGACCUAACCAGUUAAAUAGAAAAAAUAACAUUCCAGCUAACUUUACCAGGAGUGGAAAUAAACUAAGUCAUCAGAAAGAUACUCGUCAGGCAACUUUUCUUUUCAGAAGAGGCCUGAAGGUUCAGGCCCAGUUGAACACAGAACAACUGCUGGAUGAUGUGGUAGCAAAGAGAACUCGUCAAUGGCGUACUUCCACCACAAAUGGAGGAAUUUUGACUGUAUCCAUUGACAACCCUGGAGCAGUACAGUGUCCGGUACCUCAGAAACCACGAUUAGCUCGUACUGCUGUGCCCUCAUUCUUGACAAAAAGAGAGCAGUCUGAUGUCAAGAAAGUUCCCAAAGGUGUCCCUCUACAGUUUGACAUAAAUAGUGUGGGAAAACAGACAGGGAUGACUUUGAAUGAACGAUUUGGGAUACUGAAAGAACAAAGAGCCACUCUCACAUUCAACAAAGGAGGAAGCCGCUUUGUAACUGUGGGAUAGAUCCACGGCAAAGGAACUCUUAAGUGAUGACUGUUUGAAAAGUUGAAUUGCUUGAAGAGUUCGUCAGAGAAGUUCAAGAAACUUUACUUCAGAAUAUUCACAAGCCUAAAUAACUUUAUUUUUGAAGGUUUUUUUUAAUGUAUAAAUAAUGCCCUGAAAGAAUAACAGGGAAUAUACCUAUCUGUUCUUAAAGAUUUCAUGGUUGGCCCAAACAAAGCAAUUCUUUAUUGACUUCUUAGAUUCCUCGUGAAGCAGAAGGAAGACAGAAAUAUAGAAAUUGAUUAUUUUUUAUGAGUGUGGUAUUUAGGAUCUCAUCACUUCUGUCCAGUUUGUAGACUUUGCCAUGGUUAACCUUAAACUUCAGAAAUAAGAAUAUACCCCUAUGUUGCUGUCACUUAUCAUUAAUGUGCUGGGGUAAUAAGUACAGUUGUCAUUAAUGAUAUUUUUUAAACUGUAGGAGAAUUUCAGUUUUGGCCUUUAAGAUUUAUGGAACUUAGAACUUGGCUCUUUUUUUUUUUUUUUUUUUUUUUUUUUUUUUUUUUUUUUAAAUUGUUGUUAAGAGUAAACCCCCCUGAGUUCUAAGCAUUUAGUGCUGAACUUUUAAUAAGAAUGUGGCUCUCAGGAUUAGUCUUAGAUCACAACAUGUCAGGGCUAGAAAUGCUUAUUUGCAUAAUUAUCUGGCAGAGCCUUGCAGGAGAUGUUCAAUACAAACCCUUAUAGUUUGUCUUUAGUAAAUGAAGAAGACAUGAAAAACAGUAGCAAAUCGAAGGAUUGGAAACAGUAAAAAAUAAAAACCUGGGUUAUAGUUAUACUCUUAAUUUAGUGCUGAUUUGAGUCUAGUGCCCACAGAUUCUUAAAAGAAUGGAAUCCUGUAUUUUGACAGUACACUUGCUAGACAUAAAAUCCUUUGCUUCAUAUUCAAAAGUUUUUUUUUAAAGCUCAAUAAGUUCAAUAAUUUACAACCCUCCCAAACAAAAAUCUACUUGUAUGUGUCACAAAGAAAAAAAAAUUAUAAUGAAGUUAAACUUAACUGUACACGUUCACUCGGUUUCUUUUUUUAUUUUUAUUUUUUUUAUUUUUAUUUUUAUUUUUUUUUGUUUUUGUUUUUUUUUGUUUUUCGAGACAGGGUUUCUCUGUAGCUUUGGAGCCUCUCCUGAAAUUCAAAGGCUAGGCUGGCCUCGAAUUCAACAGAGAUCUUCCUGUCUCUGCCUCCCAAGUGCUGGGAUUGAAGGUGUGCAUCACCACUACCCGGCUCACUGUUUCUUGUAUCACUCAAAAUUCAGGCAUUAUAGAGAGAAAGGGUUUCUUUCUUAAUCUGGAGAUCUGCUGUGCCAAGAUAGUGCUGAGAGUCUUCACAUAGUUAUACAAUUUGAAUUACAGUAAAAUGCCAAAAUGCAGUGACAUAUCCCAGCUACAGGUUAUCAAGUGUGAUCAUUUUGAAGCUUGACCUUUUGUUUUGCUAUGAUUUCAAGUCUCCGAGUGGGUGUUCAAGUAUCUCUGAUGUUGAUUUCUUCUGUAAAACGAGACAAAGUACUAUGCUUCCCACCCGCCUUCAUUGCAUCCUAGACUCCAUUGUCUUUGAUGCUCUUUGAAUUUCUUACUGGCUUAUGCUAGUCAUGGAAAAUCAGCAACAAUUCCAUGCUUAUACCAAAGAUCCAAAUCUGAUCCUCAAUGUCUGUUAUUUGCCAGUACUUCUACUUGAUAAGGGAUUUUUGGAAGCCAAUCAUAGAACUUGAAAAUAAACUCUAGUUUCUCCUUAGCUGUGAUGCUUUUCAUUGAGGCCAAGGACUCAUUAUAAAACAUUUUUGCCAAUAUGAAUAUUUAUAUUUGGUUCAGGAACAAAACAUUUUAGAGUGGUUUGCUGGUAGCUUAUUUUAAAGCAAAGGAAAAACAACUGAGCAUGAACACUAUCUUUGGAACAAUUUGUGAAAAUACAAUAUAAAAGUCUUUGUUUCCUGUUGUUUUAAAUGUUAUUAUACAGAGGUAUUAGUAAUUCCGUUUUUUGGAAAAAAUCUUAAAAAUUGCCCAAAUGUUGACAUAAGUACAUUGAAAAACAGUGUCUUUGGUAUAGUAAAUGUUUGCUCUUCAUGCAUUGUAAUUUAAUUUUCUUUCAAAGUGAAUUUUGCCUUUGAUACAACUAAGUUAAAACUCUUGAGUGCUAACAUGUUGUAUAUAAACAAAACAAUAUGCUUUGUUGAAGGAAAAUUCCCUUUCUUGGAAUGUGGUUGUAGUCAUCCUUGUUCAGUUUUUGAAGUCUUUUUUUUUUUUUUAAUUUAAACAGGGUGCAACUUAAAUUUUCCUUUGCAUCAAGGUGUAUGCAAAACAUUGAUGCAGUGCAUCACAAAAUGAAAGUUUGUAUUUAGUGAGGAGGUGCUUUACACUGUACUUUUUGGUGUUUUUUGGAAAAGUUACAUUAGAUUUAUUCUGAAGCUGUUCAUUUUUGACAAAUAAAAUGUAACAGGUUUCACAUGAA